UCAAGAAUCGCUCUUUUGAUUAUUGACUGAGAGGAGAAAAAAGUUUAUUUCGACAGAAAAGACUUGGUUGCGCGCAAACAAGGAAAAAAUUAACACCAGCCUCAUCGAAUAACAAAAUUCAACAACUGGUGUUAAGCCGUGCUAAAGUUGGCCGAGACAAACAAACAUGGUUCGCUUGUGUUUCUUUUGUAUCUUUCUGUCUUCGUUUCUUGUCUUAAUAGACUGCCGUGCAGCACCAAGAGAUUGUCACGACACAUUUAAAAACUGUGAAACAUGGAAGAGGUCUGGCUUUUGUAGCUUCAAUUCACAUGCAUUCUACUUGAGGAAUGGUUGUGCAAAGACCUGUGGCUUUUGUAAAAGUAAUUCUUUAUUGAAUCCAAAUCUGCAUGCUGUUCAAGAUACUCUUCACGCCGCGCACAAAAGCACACAAAAACAACAAAACGGAGCUGUUGUAACAGUCACCAAACAGUAUCCGGGUAAUUCGGUGGGAGUCCUGCACUCUCAUAAACUUCAUACCGCACCACAGCAUCCCCAAUAUCACAACACUCUAGAUGAGCCACAAGAAAAAAAACCCGAAUGCAAGGACAAAUUUGUGACCCAGACAUGUCAGAAAUGGAAGGACGCUGAUAUUUGCAUGGACGACCGAUACAGGCAAUACUUGACUUAUGGCUGUUCUAUGACAUGUCGCUUCUGCAAUUGCCGUGAUACUUACAGGGAAAACCCUUACUGCGACGAAUGGAAAACUAGAGGAUUUUGCGAAACUUACAAAGAGCAGCUCGAAAGCUAUUGCCCAAAGACAUGUGGCUUUUGCAUCAACGCAGAAUACGUAGAGACUCCAACGCCCUCCCAAAAUACAACCACGCCUUCUCAGAAUGCAACCACACCUUCCCAAAAUUCCACAACUAAUCCAAACAAUACAGCAGCCAGUCAAGCUAGUGAUGCAGAAAAGCCGACAGGAAAAUUCUUCGAAACUCGGCCAACUCAAUUUGCCGAGACAGGAAAUACAAAUUCCAAGAGAGGUUUGCCUAUUGACCCGGAGAGGAACUCGCCAGUGUGGUCAGUUAACGCAGAUACACGGAUCAACUUACCGCUACCUCAGCAGUAUGACGACAUGGGAGGUGGUGCUGUAAAGCGUCCUCUUGAGGACGGUACGUACUUCACUCCAGCUAAGACCAGUGACAAGUUUGAAUACUACACCGAGCACUAUUCCCCAGACCCCUAUGUGGCGGCCGCGCAGAGAGAGGAAUGGAUGGGCUCCAACGGUGUUUCCCCAAAACCAUCUCUUAGCCGGAAAUCAAAGAAACCCGAAGUAAAAGGGGAAAAGGAAGUCAUUAAAGUUCUCAAGAAAUCUAAUAUAAAGGAUAGGAAGCGUCUGACACCUAAGAACCUGAAACAUUGAUGGAUACUACGUUCCUUUUGAUUCGCUGACUCUGUAAAAUCUCUAGAACUGGGUUUUUAGCGCUGGGAUGAAUUGUUAGUGAAAUAAUAAACGAUAAUAAGCUCUUGUAGAGGAAAUAUAGCUCUUUCUUUGAAGAUACUUGAUUUCUGCCUACACGUGGCAGUUACUGAUCAACUGUCUGGCUGCUGUGCAAGCUUCUCCCAUCGAUCAAACAUGAUGUAAUCUGUUGAUUGGGUGAAAGAUGCGUUGAUUCAAAUUCUUGUUUAGAAGCUGAAAACCUUGCGAUUAAUUGACCACUUUCAUAAAUGGCUGCCGGAUUAAUAUUUUUUUGUUUAAAUUUAAAUAAGCCUUUCUGGCCUCGCUUUCUGGCCUUUCUGGCCUUGCUUUUGAAUUUUGACCUGGACAACGAGGCCAGAAAGGCUAAUUUAAAUUUAAACAAAAGAAUAUCAUCUGGCAGCCAUUUAUGAAAGUGGUCUAUAACCACCUUCCAAAAAGUAUGAGACCGUUGGCCUACUACUGUGACUUAUUUCUUAUGAAGAUAGACUUAUCUAUGUUAUUUAUAUUCAUGUUAAAGUUCGAACAUUGUCAUCUCAUCAAAAAUUA